AUGAGCCGACAGCGGCAACCAAAUCUUGUUCCUGGUACAUGGGUAGAUGAGAGAGCGAAGACCAAGCGCCACGGAAAGAUCUUGCGGAUCGACAGAAACGAUGAAAGGAAGCACCACUGGCUUGUUGAAUUCGAGGAACCGGACGGCACGACCAUUCAACUCGUGAAAACCUCGGCGCAGUUAAGCCGUUCUACCAACCAAGGUCCCACUCAAGGGCCGCAACAGCAACAACAACGAGAAGAAAAUGAGCAGGAGAAUCAGCAACAAACAGCGCCCAAACGAGGAAAUGAAACUGAAAAUCAAUCGGUGUCCUCUACAUCUGUCAAAACGCCACGAAGGCCAAAGAGAAAGGCUGCACUCAAUCACAAGGUCGUGCGUACACCAAAGCAGCCAAUAGCGCGCUCGGAUUCUUACUCUACGAAUGGCAGUCCUUCGAUUCCAGGCUCGUCUGAUUCCUCGUUAUCCAGUGUCUCCUCGUCCGAUGCUCCCUCCUACAACAACAACAACAACGAUGGAGGCUCAGUGAUGAAUAGUACUUCGUCAUCAUCUUCUGAAUCCAACAACAGCAAUGGCGAUGAACCGCCACCAUAUAAUUGGAGGAUGCAUCUUCAGAUUUCGAAUGCACGUCAACCAGAUUCGGAAUCGGAUAUGUCGGACGACGACUCGAAGAACGACGACUCAAACGACGACGACGACGACGACGACUCGAACGAUGGUUACCCCUUGGUCACUUUUGAUGAGGAUUCUUCGGACGAUGAACCAACACGGACAAUAGUUCAAUCCGACGACGUCCAGCUGGAAGAUGCCAUCCCCAACGAACCAACUGAAGAUGUUGAACCGGCUGAUGAACGAGACUUUGAGCAUGAAGAGGAACACCGUAGGAAGACGGAGAUCUACAAUGCCGAGAAGAAACGUCUGCUUGAAGAGGAAUGGUCAGUCGAUCUUGUUCCAGAUAAGCCUCCUCUCCAAUGCGGCUCAAUCGUCAAAGGCAGAGGCAAAAGUGCAAGACAGGGCAAGAUCGUAGAGCGCUCACCAGAUGGAACAAAAUGGAUGGUGAGAUUUGAUGGCAGCCAACAGUUGGUUGAAAAGUCAUCUCAGGGGCUUACUCAGGUGUGGGAACCAGAGCCUUACAUUUGGAACAUAGUGAAAGACUCAGAGCCAGAAGAAGAAGAGUUGGAAGAAUACAACAUUGUUGGUCUCAUUGGCUUUGACUUCAACAAGUUUGAACGCGGCAGGAUUGCGGAUACCUUGAACACCCUCGAAUAUGAGUACCCAUACCUGAAGUUGCUUCAAACCUUGUGGCCUGCGCUUCGGCUUUCCGUAUUGGCGGGCAACAGCUUUGGGAGAAAGACAAGAACCGUUACGAGUGGACUGUAA